AUGGCAGCAGUGACGACUGCGUUGAUAGCGAUUGCAGGAGUGAUUCUUGGGUGGAUCACCAUCGAAAUCGCUUGCAAGCCUUGCCUCGAGAAGGGCCGCGAAGCCAUCGACCGGUCUCUCAAUCCCGAUUACGAUCCCGACGACGAUGCUGUCUCCAGCAACAUCCGGGUCCCUUUGAACCCGGACAACCCGCCCGAUCUCAAGCCGAUUUCCUCCUCUUCCACUGCCGCCAAGGUGAUCUGA